AUGCGCGGUGGUGGUGGACUUGAUGGUGCAAUACAUGCAAAAGCUGGCAAGAAUUUAUUGUUAGAAUUAGAAGAAAAAGUGCCGCAUAGAGCACAGACUGGUGAAGUUAUCGUUACAAAAGGUUACAAAACAGAUUUUGAUUAUAUUCUUCACGUGGCAGGUCCCCUUUGGGGUGGUGGUUACCAUGAUGAAGAAUCAAAAUUACGAGCAUCUUACGUGAAUGCUAUCAAAGAAGCUGAUAAACUUAAUAUAGAAACACUCGCAUUUGCUUCAAUAUCAACGGGAAUUUAUGGUUAUCCAUUAGAUCAGGCAACUCCUGUUGCACUAGAAACCUGUGCAUAUGAAUUGAAAACAACAACAACAUUAAAAAAUAUUGUUUUUGCUAUGUUUCAAGAAAAUGAAUUCAAAACGUUUACAAAAGCAUAUGAGACAAUAUUUGUACAGAAAAGUGAGCUAUGA